GGGGGGAUUCCGCUCUAUUUAAUACGCCUUUUGUACGCAUGCGCUAACAAACGCAAGACCCUGAUUGGUUGCAGUUUUCUAUGACAGUUUCCGGUUUAACCGAUACACGUAUUUUAAAUUUCCUUUUUAUCGUCUCAGGUCGGCUGUUCCCUUUAACUAAUAUAUACUCUAUUGGCGUUUAUGAUUUAAGCCUUUAGAAAUGUUUAAAUAUCGUAUUAUAUCGCAAUGAAACAGUAAAACACAGAUGCUAUUUAUUAGAGGCCAUUUUCGUGGUUAGUUGGGCUAAUGCUAUUUAGCUAGUUGCUAACAGUUGUAUUUUAAAUACCGAUGCUGCACGUUUAAAAGGAACAAAACAUGUUUACGUGAAAUAUAUUGGAACAAGUGAUAACCAUCUCAUUGAUUGAUGUACAUUUAUCGAUACGUGAAGCAAACUGGAAGACUGGUUGAUGAAAUAGCUGAUUAUUUUGAAGGAGUUGCUAUAAGACUGGAUGGAUGAGCUAAUGAACUUCACUGAAAAGACGCCUAAUGCUGCAUCAAACCAUUAUCGAAAAGCGUUCACAAUGAUGAGCGACUCCAGUGAUGAUGAGUUUGAGCAGUUUUUAGAGCAAAGGUUUACACCUCAAGCUAAAGCGUCUUCACUGAAACCUCGCAGUGCAGCUAAACCAACAGGGGUGGUGCUUGUGGUGAGCUCAGAUGAUGAAGAUGAUUCACCUUUUGAAACAUUUCUUCAGCGAGUGAAAACCCCCAUCACCAAACCCAGGAGACCAGAGAGUGGCAGUGGGGACAGCCUUAAAGACUUCAUAGUGGAUGACAACUUAUCUGAUGAUGAUUUUAUCAAGACAAAAUCGUCAUUCAGGGGUCCCAAAAAGGGCAACACUCCAGCUUCCCAGCAUUCUUUCAGGAGACCUCUGUCACAGUUCAACUCCCCUGUCUUUGUGAGUGACAGUGAAGAUGAUGAGGAUAAUAUUGUCAUCAGGAGCAGUUGGAAAGUGCGCCACUCCAAGCCCGUCCCGAAGGUUGAAAACCAUCAUAGAGAGGAGGAAAACCUUUCACCAUCACCUCCUCUGCCUCCCAGUCCUCUUUUCUCUCAUCCUCCUGGCAAGGCUUCGGCAUCCAUCCUCUCACCAAAGCGCACCUUUUCUGCUCCUUCUCGACUUGAUGAGUCCAGCAGUUCCGAGGAGGAGUUUGUGUCUUUACUCGAGAGGCUUAAAAAGAAAAACAUUGUCGGUGGAACUUUAUUCACUCCGAAGACCAGCAAAGAAUCAAACAAAGAGCCAGUAGUUUCCACUCCACCUGUUCAACCAUCAUCUACCUCCAAAACCUUAAAGAAAAAACCUCAGCAUGUCAAGACUCCUGCAAAAACCCCAUUUCUGAAACCCACUGUGAGUCAGACGGAGCCCAGACGUGGUCCCGCCAGCAGGCUGCUGUGUAAGACUCCGGGCUGCUUCCUGGAGUCCCUCUCAAACCCGGCUUCUAACUACAGCUCCAGCUUUAAAAAGAACAAGGAAGAACUCACAAGCAAACUCUUCCAGCUCUAUAACUCCAGCGUGUUUGACAAUAAGCUUCCAGUCGACAUGUCCGUGACCUGGAAUAAGAAGAUGCGGAAAACGGCUGGUUACUGCGUUACGGGGCAGGAAAAGGGGGGAGGAAGUCGCUACGCCCGCAUUGAACUUUCAGAGAAAGUCUGCGACUCUGCAGAUCGUCUCAGGGACACCCUCAUCCAUGAGUUGUGCCACGCUGCAACCUGGCUUAUCAAUGGCGUGAGAGACGGCCACGGCGCCUUCUGGAAGCUGUAUGCCCGCAAAGCUACGGUGAUGCAUCCUGAGCUGCCCAUGGUGACGCGCUGUCACAGCUACGACAUCACCUAUAAGUUCAAGUAUCAGUGCACGCGCUGCCAGAACACGAUCGGCCGUCAUUCCAAGUCGCUGGACACGCAGAAGUUCGUGUGCGCCCUCUGCACGGGCCGGCUGGUCCUGCUGACCCCCUCCAAACCGCGCGCUCCGACGCCUUUCGCCAACUUCGUCAAGGAAAACUACGGCAGCGUGCGGCAGGAGCUGGCAGGACAGAGCCACGCCGAAGUGAUGCGAAAACUCAGCUCAGACUUUGCUUCCAAAACUAAACUCAGUGACAGCUAACGUGAUUUUGUUUUCCUUCAGGGAGCUGCUUCAAAUCCUAAUGACCCCAUCCAAGCAAGAAUAUUUUUGUAAAUGUUAUGUGCCCUUUUAUGUUUUUGGUAUUAGACGUGGUUAAUAAACAUCUUAAUGUAGAAAAUAUAUUUUUAUAAUUAUAAAUUCACCCUUUUUGAUUUUAUUUUUAUAAAAUUUAAGACUGGAAAUACAGUUUAAAUUUGUACUUGAAUAAAAUUUUGAUGUUAACAGA